AAACACUAAUUUAUUAAAAUGUCGGGAGGUAAAGGUAAAGCUUCAACAAGCGAAAAAGCAUCAACAUCAAGAUCAGCUAAGGCAGGUUUGACUUUCCCAGUUGGAAGAGUCCACAGAUUGUUGAGAAAGGGUAACUACGCUCAAAGAGUUGGUUCUGGUGCCCCAGUGUACUUGACCUCUGUUUUGGAAUACUUGUCUGCUGAAAUUUUAGAAUUGGCUGGUAACGCUGCCAGAGAUAACAAGAAAUCAAGAAUUAUUCCAAGACACUUGCAAUUAGCAAUCAGAAAUGACGAGGAAUUGAACAAGUUGUUGGGCGAUGUUACCAUCGCUCAAGGUGGUGUUUUGCCAAACAUUCACCAGAACUUGUUGCCAAAGAAGUCUGGUAAGAAAGAAUCUCAAGAAUUAUAGUUAAUCAACUACUUCUUUUUGUGUAUUAUAAUGUAUAUUAAUAAAUGAUUGAAUUGAUUUUGAAUUUUGCAACCAGAAAGUCGAAAUCGGUCUGC